UAGUCUGGGUCAAGUAAGAUUGAACCAAGUCAAAACGAAAAAACUUUACAGGAAAAAAAUACGAUUUUUCUUUCCAAAAAAUGCAAUAUUAACCUAAAUUUGUACUCUGCUACAAUGCCAUUACCGUCCAGAGGUUCAAGACAUAAUGAGGUUAUAGAACCAAUGCAGGUUGAUAUUGCUCCUGAAGUCGAUCAACAAGCUGCAGAAGAUAAUUUUAUAAUUGAAGCGGCUACAAUUGAUCUUGAUGUAUAUGCAUCCAACUACAUUGGUCUUACAAAGCUAAGCCGACUUAUGUUUGUAGCUAAACAUUGCCCAGCACUUGAAAUAGAUGCUCUAAGGAUUGCUCUUAACUAUGUUAAACACACUUUCAAUGUUCAACUGUAUCAAGAAAUUAUCCAAAGGUUGGCAGAUGCAUGUAAUAGGCAUGGAGACGUAGAGCCUCCUACAGUAGAGACGACAUGGGUAGAGACAACAAGCAAAAAGGCAGCACUAAAGCUUGAAAAACUGGACACUGACUUAAAGAAUUGCAAAACCAACUCCAUCAAGGAAAGUGUAAGGCGUGGUCAUGAUGACUUGGGUGACCAUUAUUUUGAGUGUGGAGACCUCAACAAUGCUUUAAAAUGUUACUCAAGAGCAAGGGACUACUGCACAAGUGCUAAACAUGUAGUCAACAUGUGCUGGAAUGUUAUUAAAGUCAGUAUUCAUAUGGGUAACUGGGCACAUGUUUUAAAUUAUGUCAACAAGGCAGAAAACACUACAGAACUAACAGAGAAGGACAAAGGACGCAAUACCAAUAUUUUAACCAAACUAAAGUGUGCAGCAGGUCUAGCAGAACUUGCAACUAGAAAGUACAAGUCAUCAGCACGUUACUUCUUACAGGCGCAGUUUGAUCACACAGAUUGCCCUGAGCUGCUGUCUGCUAAUAAUGUUGCAAUAUAUGGAGGACUUUGUGCCCUGGCAUCGUUUGACCGACAGGAGCUGCAAAAGAAAGUACUAUCAAGCAGCUCGUUCAAGUUGUUCUUGGAGCUUGAGCCACAAUUGCGUGAUGUGUUGUACAAGUUUCAUGAAUCACAGUAUGCUACUUGUCUGAAACUACUAGAUGAAUUGAAGGAUAACUUCAUGCUUGAUAUCUACUUGGCUCCUCACGUGAACACGUUGUACAGUCAGAUUCGAAAGAGAGCCCUUAUACAGUACUUCAGUCCUUACUUGUCAGCGGAUAUGAGCAAGAUGGCACGCGCAUUUAAUACCUCGGUGUCUCGACUUGAAGAUGAACUGUCUCAGCUUAUUCUUGAUGAACAAAUCAAUGCGCGGAUCGACUCACACAAUAAGGUUCUCUACGCCCGCGAAGUCGACCAGCGGAGUUCAACAUUCGGGAAAGCUUUAGAAAUGGGCAAAGAAUAUAAGAAGCGAACUAAGGCGCUUGUACUUCGUGCUGCUAUCUUACGAAACCAAAUUGUUGUAAAGAGUCCUCCUCGUGAAAAUUCUACAAGUGACAUGAGCGUAGCUUCUGGAGCACGAUGACUGGUGAUGGAGAAAAGCAUGAAUAUUUUAUCAUGAGACUACUUGGAUGGGUUAGGUGAAGAUAUGUAUCAAAAAGUUGAAGGUUUUUUCAUGAACUGUUUAUUCUCGUCCCAAACCCCGCGCGGUUUCUUUCAGUCCCCGCGAAGUAACAAAGUCGUACGAAUCUAUAACUUUCUGAUUGGUUAACGCAAAAACGAAAUCUGGAAAACAUGAACCAGAAAACCUGAAUCUGGUAUUCUGAAAGCCCUUAGUUUCUUGGCGGAGAUCAUUAAGAAUGCAGGGUCUGGAAGCAAAAAUUAUGAAAAUCUACUCUUACUUUUGGCCAUUCACUAAAACUCUAGUAACCGUCAGUUUUCUUUUUAGUCCAACACUUAAUUUUUGUCCCACCCCUCCCCCUCUAAUUUCCCUCUCUUUUGAGUAUCUGUGUCUAAGAGGGUAAAUGUAUAUGUGUUUAGCCAUGCGAACUCUUGAAUCCUGGUUGACAGUUUCUUGAUAGUCUCGGAGAAAACAAGUAAAAUAAAAUAACUUGGUUUAAUGGUUUA